AUGAAAGACGAUGUUGAGAUUGUAGAGUCUCUCCCACUUAACUUUAUGAAGAUGAAGCCACUACAGAUUUCCCCACUUUCUUGGGCUACGCCUGCCCAUUACCUAAAUACAAUUCUUGUUCAACUAAAAAGGCAUAAGGUGAUCAACUUUACAUUUUCGGAUUCUCGCCUUGCUAACAAUGUUGACAUUCCAAUCCAAAGCAUACGUUGUCGUGCAAUGUAUGAAGGACUAAGAUUUGCAAAAGAAAUUGAAAAGCUAGGAAAGAAGUUGGUCAACAGACUUAAGAAUGGUGGACCAUUCAUGGGUCUUCAUUUGAGAUACGAAAAAGACAUCCUUGCUUUCACAGGUUGCAAUCACAAUCUUACAGAAACGGAGAAAAAGGAGUUAAAAAAAUAUAGACGAAGUGUAAAGCGCUGGAAGAAGCAAAAGAGUGAUAGCACAAAGAAGCGACGUAAAGGGUUAUGCCCUAUGACUCCAAAAGAGACUGCAGUGUUUCUUGAGGCAAUGGGAUUUCCUUCUGAUACAAGAAUUUACAUAGCUGCAGGAGAAAUUUAUGGUCAUGAUGGAAUUAAAGCACUUAAAGCUAAGUAUCCAAAUAUAUACACUCAUUCCUCUCUGGCAAAAGAAGAGGAAUUGAAGCCAUUUAAGGACCGCCAAAACCAGCUAGCUGCCAUAGACUAUAUUGUAGCGGUCGAGAGUGAUGUUUUUGUUUAUACCUAUGAUGGUAAUAUGGCAAAGGCGGUGACAGGUCAUAGAAAAUAUGAAGGUUUUAGAAAAACCAUCAACCCUGACAAACAUAACUUUACAAGAUUGAUUGAUCGAUUCGAGAAUGGCGAGUUGUCUUGGGACAAAUUUUCUUCGAAGGUCAGGAGCUUGCAUAGAAAUAGAACUGGAGCGCCAUAUCCUAGACUGCAUGGAAAUUCUCCUAAAUUGGAGGAGAAUUUCUAUGCAAAUCCUUUCCCUGGUUGUAUUUGUGAUUAA